AUGCGUGAGACGGGGAGGGAAAACCAGCGGCCCAUGUCGGCAGAGCAGACGCCGACGAGGCCCAAGAGCCCCAUUCUCUACACCUCGUACAGCGCCGGGAGCGAGGGGCGCCACACGGACGACCUCUUCCCGCGCAGGGACCGGCGCGUGCUCGUGCUCUACGUGGGCGGGACGAUCGGCAUGGCGCGGUCGCCGUCCGGCGUGCUGGAGCCGUCCAAGGGGUACCUGACGCAGGCGGUGCGAGGGAUGGGGGAGCUGCAGCAGCGGCCGGAAAUUGCCCCGUUUGACGUUAUUGAAUAUGAUGAGCUGCUCGACAGCAGCGACAUGGGGGCGCGCGAGUACCUGCGCAUUGCCGGGGACGUGGCCCACUACCACGAAGAGUACGACGGUUUCCUGGUUUUGCACGGGACGGACACGAUGCACUACAGCGCCAGCGCACUGAGCUUCCUCCUGAUGAAUCUCGCCAAACCCGUCAUCUUGACGGGCUCCAUGGUGCCGUUGUUUGAGCCCUACACAGACGCCCGGCGAAAUAUGGUGAUUGGCCUUAUGUUGGCCUCCAACCCCACCAUCCGCGAGGUGUGCAUUUUCUUCAAUGAUUGUCUGCUGCGUGGCAACUGCUGCACGAAGCUGCACCACACAUUUGGUGCCUUCUGCACCCCGAACUUCCCUCCGCUGGGGGUGGUGGAGUCGACAGGCUUCCACCUCCGCGAGCACCUGCUGCUGCCGCAGCCAAGUGGGCCUCUGCGGGUGCGGUCCAACAUGUGCGGAAGCGUGGUGGUCUUCGCGCUCCACGCAGACUGCGACAUGAAGCUGCUGAAGCAGCUGCUGACGGAGGACGAGCUUCCCGCCGCGCCAGAGGAAUCCCCCACCAAAAACGCCGAGGCUAAAGCCGGGCGUGAGCCGGGUCCCGAGGGCACAGGGCGGGAGGACGCUGGCGUUGAGGGCGGCCAGGAAAAAAGUUCUGCCGCCACCAACGCACCCCGGCGGCCACGGAAGUUGAUGGAUGCCGUGCUGUUUGAGAUCAACGGCGUUGGGGCCACGGACAGCGCGGUCUCCCUGGCGCUGCAGGAGCUGGCAAAUGUCGCCAAGGCAAAUGAUAUUGUCCUCUGCGUGACAACGGUGGAGCCCUACGGAAGCCUCUCACCCACGGAGGUUCGCCGACUGCGCAAAAUCUCGCCAGACCUCAUCUAUCUGUACAUGACGACGUCCGCGGCGGAAACGAAGCUGAUGUAUUUGUUUGGAAAGGGUCUCUCGCCGGCCGCCGUGAGAAAAAUGAUGCCGCGCAACCUCCGUGGUGAGGUCACCCCAGGCGACUCAUUUGAGUCUAAUUUGUAG